GCAUAUCGCGCCUAUCACGAGACAUUCCGGGCGAAACCAGGGCCAAAAUCAUCGCGACUGACAGACUCGAGCUUCACCGAGUCGCCGCUACCCUUUCCUCUCGAUCAACCGCCACCCCAUCUCCAUCACAACAUAUCCCAACAUGGCCGACGUCCAGGAACGGCUCAAGAAGCUGGGUGCUUCUGCUCGCAUUGGUGGCAAGGGAACUCCCCGAAGGAAAGUGAAGCGGGCGCCUGCCCGGUCGGCCGGCGACGACAAGAAGCUCCAGCAGACGCUCAAGAAGCUUAAUGUCCAGCCCAUCCAGGCCAUUGAGGAGGUCAACAUGUUCAAGAGCGACGGCAACGUCAUCCACUUUGCCGCCCCUAAAGUGCACGCUGCUGUCCCUUCCAACACCUUCGCCAUCUACGGCAACGGCGAGGAGAAGGAGCUCACGGAGCUCGUCCCCGGCAUCUUGAACCAGCUCGGUCCCGACUCCCUUGCGUCACUGCGCAAGCUCGCUGAGAGUUACCAGAACAUGCAGAAGAGCGAGAAGGAGGCUGACGAUGAUGACAUCCCUGAUCUCGUGCCGGGCGAGAACUUUGAAAGCAAGGUCGAGUAGAGCCCCUUGGUUCCCAAAAUAUAAAGUCUACCGCAAAAAAAUGAUGGUCCACUCUGUCCCCUGCUCGGGUUGGCUUCAAGGGGCACAGAAACGAGCUCUGUUUUUUCCGUGAAAUGGACGGCGGCGCCCGGAUCUCCUGAUUAGGUGGGAUAGGAAACGAACAUAUGGUCAUCCCCAAGCAUUUCUUUAAUCGCUGACAGAGAUGACAUGCCUAUGCGGCGGGAUUUCAAGGUGUCAUGAUAAUCCAUGUGAUCAGGCUUGUCCGGCAUGCCAGCAUAGACAAUGUGCGUCCAACAGAUAGGCGUCACAGGCUGAAUUCCUCAUCACCCGUGUUCCUCAACCAGCCGCUCAGUGCUUCCGCUCUCACGUCUUCUUUCACCU